GUGAGAGGUCGGGGCGAUGGCGGCGGCCUUGGGCGAGGAGGCGCCGGACAACGAGGACUACUACGGGCUGCUCAACGUGCGCCGCGAGGACUGAUUUGAGAGUGGCCUUUUGGAAAUGGCAGUGGCUGUCCUUGAGUUCGUUUUUGGUGGUUUCCACAGGCCUCCCAGGAGGAGCUGAAGGCCGCGUACCGCCGGCUGUGCAUGCUGUACCACCCCGACAAGCACCGCGACCCCGAGCUCAAAAGCCAGGCUGAGCGGCUCUUCAACCUUGUCCACCAAGCCUAUGAAGUGCUUAGUGAUCCACAGACCAGAGCCAUCUAUGACAUAUAUGGGAGGAGAGGACUGGAGAUGGAAGGCUGGGAGGUUGUGGAACGAAAGAGAACUGCAGCUGAAAUCAGGGAAGAAUUUGAGCGUUUGCAGAGAGAGAGGGAAGAGAGGAGACUGCAGCAGCGAACUAAUCCAAAGGGAACAAUUAGUGUGGGAAUAGAUGCCACUGACCUGUUUGAUCGCUAUGACGAGGAGUAUGAAGAUGUGCCUGGGAGCAGCUUUCCCCAGAUUGAGAUAAACAAAAUGCACAUAUCCCAGUCCAUCGAGGCACCCCUGACUUCCACAGAUACAGCAAUACUGUCUGGUAACCUUUCCACCCAGAAUGGAAAUGGAGGGGGGUCAAUUAAUCUUGCACUGAGACGAGUGACAUCUGCCAAGGGAUGGGGAGAGCUGGAGUUUGGAGCUGGAGACAUUCAUGGACCUCUCUUUGGGCUGAAGAUAUUUCGUAAUCUUACACCAAGAUGUUUCAUCACCACAAACUGUGCCCUGCAGUUCUCGUCCCGCGGGGUCCGCCCCGGCCUCACCACGGUCCUGGCCCGCAACCUGGACAAGAACACCAUGGGCUACCUGCAGUGGCGGUGGGGCAUCCAGUCAGCCAUGAACACCAGCAUUGUCCGGGACACCAAAACCAGCCACUUCACUGUGGCCAUGCAGCUGGGAAUCCCCCAUUCUUUCAUGAUGGUCAGUUACCAGCAUAAGUUUCAGGAUGAGGAUCAAACACGAGUGAAAGGUUCUCUCAAGGUGGGUUUCUUUGGGACCAUAGUGGAGUAUGGAGCAGAGAGGAAGAUCUCCAGACACAGUGUUUUAGGAGCCACUGUCAGCGUUGGUGUUCCUCAAGGAGUGUCAUUGAAAAUCAAGCUGAAUAGGGCCAGCCAGACCUACUUCUUCCCCAUCCAUCUAACAGAUCAGCUGCUUCCCAGCGCCGUGUUCUAUGCCACCGUGGGACCUCUCGUUAUGUACUUUGCCAUGCACAGGCUGGUCAUCAAACCCUACCUCAGGGCACAGAAGGAGAGAGAGCUGGAGAAGCAGCGGGAGAGCACAGCCAGCGACAUCCUACAGAAGAAGCAGGAGGCUGAAGCUGCAGUCCGGUUAAUGCAGGAGUCAGUCCGAAGGAUAAUUGAAGCAGAGGAAGCCAGAAUGGGUCUGAUUGUAGUGAAUGCCUGGUAUGGGAAAUUUGUUAACGACAACAGCAGGAAGAAUGAGAAGGUGAAGGUUAUAGAUGUGACUGUGCCUCUGCAGUGCUUGGUGAAGGAUUCUAAACUCAUCCUUACAGAGGCCUCCAAGGCUGGGCUGCCAGGCUUCUACGACCCCUGUGUGGGUGAGGAGAAGAGUUUGAAAGUGCUUUAUCAGUUCCGAGGAGUUCUGCACCAAGUGAUGUCAGCUGACAAUGAGGCCCUUAGGAUACCAAAGCAAUCUCACAGGAUCGAUGCCGACGGCUAAUCCGGGGAACGCGCAUCUCUCCCGGUACCUGGGUCAACGGAAACUGCAAACCUCCCCCGGACGCUGCGAGUUUGAACAGAGACUCUUUUAUUUUUACUGUCUGUAUAGCAGGCGGUGUCCUGCCGGUUCUGUUAGGGACAAAAGGACAGACCCUGCUGCUCCAGGCGGCUCCCAGGCAAUAUCUGAGUUGUGGCUCGGUACCCAAUAAAGCAGCGUGACUCUGA